UAACCUCUACUGCACUGAAAACUCUCAGGAGCAUGCAGAAUUCCUACAAAGAAUUUUGUUCGUGGAAUUUACAAACUAAUGUAUUCUUAGAGGACCUCUUAUCCAGUAUUCGCUCACGGCCUAUGCCGUGGGAAGGACAUCAACGAGCGGGAUUAAUAACACAAGAAGAUACCAAGAAAAUUAAGGCAUUAGAUUGGCAGCCGAAGAAAGGACGUUCAACAGUUCUUUUAAAAGAGGGAAAAGAAUAUGCAGAGCUUUUUUUAAGAUUGUUUCAGCAUCUUCAAAAGAUCGAUCUUCUUCAAUAUCUCUUAACGCUGUGUACAGAUCUUCUUGAUGAUAUCCCAGAAUUUUCUAAUAUUCUUCUUUUAUACAAAAACAAGGAAAACUUGCCAUUCUCUCCAUUAUUAAGAUUGUUAAAACAUGAUGAUCAAGUUAUAUCCUUAUUAUCCGGCAAAAUAAUUACAACAUUAAUUAGUUCAGCUCCAUUAAUUCCUAUUAAUAUCCUUUCACGUUUUUUUGAAUGGAUCUCUUCUCUAUGUCAAUCAUCUGACCUUAAUAUUCAGGAUUUAGCUACUCAAGCAUUGAUUGAAGUUGUUAAAACGUCGUUUAAUCGUUUGCAAUUUUGGAAAGAAUCAUCGUAUAUGCAGAAUUUAAUAUGUAUUUUAAAAAACAAUCAUGAUAAUUUACAAUUACAAUACCAUACUUUACUCGUUAUAUGGCUUAUUACAUUUGAACCAGAAAUAUCAAAAGAAAUUAACAGACGACAUAGUAUUAUCCUUAUUUUAGUUAAUUUACUAAAAAACGUUAUAAAGGAAAAGAUAAUACGUGUCAUUUUUGCUAUAUUUAGAAACUUAAUUAACUUGGCACAUUCUGAAAAUCUUUCAACUAUGUUGGCUAUUAAACUUCUUCCACUCACUGAGACUAUUUCAGAUAAAAAAUGGCUUGACAAAGAAGCAAUUGAAGAUAUAGAUUAUGUAAAGACUAGUUUGAAAGCGGAUCUCGAAGGAUUAGCUACAUUUGAUGAAUAUAUUUUAGAAAUAGAGUCUGGACACUUAAGCUGGACACCUUCACAUUCAUCAGAAAAGUUUUGGAAAGAAAAUGCAUUUAAAUUAAUGAACAAUGAUGGCUUAUUACUUAAAAAAUUAGUCCGUUUACUUCUUACUUCUAAAGAUCCUCUUGUUUUAGCUGUAGCUAUUCAUGAUAUAGGUAAAUUUAUUCAACAUUAUCCAAGCGGGAAAUCGCAUCUGCAAAAACUUGGAACUAAACAAAAAGUUAUGGAAUUAAUGACACACACUGAUUCCGAUGUAAAAUAUGAAGCCUUAACUACUGUCCGAUUAUUUAUGUCACAGUCUUGGAAUUAAAAAUUCUGUUUUAAUAAUUCUUACUUUGAAUAUCUUAUUAAAGCGUUUACGUUU